UCCCCCCUGUUUGUGGGCAGUGCUCUACAGCAGUGUGGUGUGAUGUCAAGGCCUCUCGCUCUUUGAGGAUGUUUGUUGUUUCCUUUUCAGGGUUUCGUGCUUUUCCCCCUCCUUCACUGCUCUUUGGUGCUUACUUUUCUACCUUUCUUCCGUCCCCUCUCUGCUUCCCCCCCCCCACUUUCUUACUCUCUCCCUGACGCAAGGCAGUGCCCGCUCAGAACCUGCUGGCCUGGCUCUGUGCCUGGCACCAGGAAAUGCCGGCUGGGCUAAGCCACACCUGAGCCUCGCCUUUUUCAAAGCGCUUCUGCCAUGGAAACUCCAGCACGGAUCCCUCAGUGGAUUUCAGCCCACCGCUCUCUGGAGAAAGCUUUGCAGGGGCUGAGCAAGUUGCAGCAGCUGGUGGGCCAGCCUCGCCUGGGGCUCCGCAACAGCCCGCCCCACCUGCCGUCCCUGCUGCCCCAGACAAAUCAGUAUCUGCGGCUUAUUCGGGAGCGCCACGGGUCUGGUUUGGCCCAGCUCUGGGAAGGAACCUACUUUCGAGUCUUCCUCACCAAUUUGCUGGAAAAGAUUAAACAAGCCAUCAGGCUCUUCAAGAGGGCGAAAGAGGAGAUAUUUCAAGAGGGCUCAGCUGCCAGGAGGAAUCUGACUAAGCUGUCGCUGAUCUUCAGUCACAUGGUGGCCGAACUACAAGCUCUGUUCCCCGAAGGCCUAGACCAAGGCAGCACCUAUCAGCUCAGCAAACCAGAGGCCCAGACAUUCUGGAGGGAGACGUGGGGUGGACGGAACCUCGUAUCCUGGGCCGAAUUUCGAGAAGGACUUCAUCAGGUCCAUCCUGUGGAUCCGGGCCCAAUGGCCUUAGCGCUGAGAUCCACCAUUGACCUCACCUGCAAUGGGCACAUCUCUGUAUUUGAGUUUGACAUUUUCACCCGCCUCUUUCAGCCUUGGCCGACACUGCUGAAGAACUGGACGUACCUCGCAGUCACGCACCCAGGGUAUAUGGCCUUCCUCACCUAUGACGAAGUGAAGGUGCGGCUGCAGGCGUACACCAGCAAGCCUGGCAGCUACAUUUUUCGACUAAGCUGCACCCGGCUUGGCCAAUGGGCCAUCGGCUACGUGACGGAAGACGGGAGGAUCUUGCAGACCAUCCCACAGAAGAAGCCUCUCUUCCAGGCACUGAUUGAUGGACACAAGGAAGGCUUCUACUUGUAUCCAGAUGGGAAGAAGGUGAAUCCAAAUCUGGCAGAGUUGACAGAGGUGUCAUCACAGAACCGAAUCCAGGUCUCGCAAGAGCAGUUUGAACUCUACUGCCAAGUGGGCUCCACGUUCCAGCUCUGCAAGAUCUGUGCCGAAAACGACAAGGAUGUCCGAAUCCAGCCUUGCGGGCACCUUCUCUGCCGGGGCUGCCUUGACACGUGGCAGCUCUCGGAGACCCACACCUGCCCCUUCUGUCGCCGGAAGAUCUGGGGCCACGAAGAUAUCCUCAUUGACCCCUUCAGCUACAAAAGAGGAGGAAGCCUGGAGGAAGACGGGGACGAGGGGGACCUGGAGGACAUUCAGGCAGUGCUGCAGGAGCUGGCCAUGAUGCGCCAGGCAAAAGGGACAGCAGAUGCCGUCUCCUCUCCAUGCCUGAACCCUGAGUUGCAAAAACCCCCAGUACCACCUCGGAUAGAUCUCCAGAGGCAGAAGAAGGCCCCCCUACCCACUCCUGACUACCAGGCCUCCGCUUCUGCCCAAUGGAUCCAGCAUCGUCCCUUGCCUAGCCUCCCACAGGGUAGCCCCCCAUCCAUGGUCCCAUGGGACACCCCGGCGACCGCUCCAUUUCCUGAGGAGCAGCAGCUGAGCUGAUUACAGCUGAGAGGGCAGCAGAGAUGGUAAGCUGGGUUAGGAUGAACAGAGAGUGCCUUUUGCUGCUUGACUGAGCAGGGCUUUGGAGCCCAGAACAACCCCUGGCCAGCCACACUGGAGGAACUCUGUGUCACUCAAAACCUUCCACGCACUUCAACACCAACAGAAGUUGCCCAAAGGCCAGAUGUCAUCUAAUCUAUUUUGUGUUUGCACAGCUAACACUAUCUGUACCAUACAAUCUGCUGCACUGUCAGGCGCACCUGCCCUCUGCCUUCAGCCACCCAUCGCCAGCCUGGAUUGCACCAGCUGAUGGUCAGCUGGAGGAUGGUCUCUCUUGCAGUAUAAGACUGAACACUGGGGCAUGUUUCCUACUUGUCAAGGAGAAGGAAGGAAGGAAGGAAGGGAUGGCUCACACCUCUCCAAAGCCUUGAACAGCACAGAUGUCGCCCACCAACGACAAAGAAAGCCGGCUGCACUGAGCCAAGUGGGUCCUUUUAUUUUCCAGCUACUCCCAGGAGCCUUUUCACUUCAGACCAUACCGAUUCUCCCAGCAGGACUGCCACUCUAUCACUGUCAUUUUAACUUUAUAUCAAUAAUAUUGUACAAGAACUUCGCGGGCCAGAAUUCUUUCCUGCCUCAAUUCUAGAUAUUAAGCUUUCAGUUUUACUGUAUGCCGACGACCUAGCCCUGAUCUCCAUCACUCAAAUCGGGAUGAGGAAGUUGUUAAGGAGCUUGGGCAAGUUUUGCGCCAACGAACAAUUAUCAAUUAAUUAUACCAAAACCAGUGUGGUAGUCUUUGGUAAGAAAAGAAAAACCCGCACUUGGAAACUCAAUGGUUGUCAUAUUGUCCAGCUCCGUAGCGCUAGAUAUCUCGGCCUAGCAUUCAAUGUUAACUUUGCAUGGAAACCUCACUUUGACAUGCUGAAGUUGAAAGUAUCCCACUCUGUUCUUUCAUUACUUAGUUAUUUAAAACUUAAAGGGGUGUCUCUGGUCUCCCCUGCUGUUGAGGUUUUCCAUGGAAAAGUUGUUCCUCAGCUUCUUUAUGGGGCUGAGAUCUGGGGGCAUGCUAAUCCUUCAGCGCUCGAGACAGUCCAGAACACCUUUCUGAGAUCUAUACUUGCUCCUCCUCAAGGCACCCCUGCCCCCCUUUUAAGGAUGGAAACGGGCUUACAAUCUAUGGCUGUUCAUGCAGCCCUGGCCAUGUACUGGCUGAAGCUCACUAAUAUGGAUGAGGCUCGUCUCCCUAAGAAGUGUUUUUUGGAACAACUUAAGAACCCAUCUCAUAACACCUGGUUUAUGCGUACCAAACUUCUCUUGGCCACAUAUGGGAUUAGCAUGGAAAUUCCUCCUUCUUAUGUCUCAUCGUGAGUGAAACAGCUUUAUAAGGAAAGAAUAUUCUUAUAUUCUAAGUGAUGGGACUUGUUCUCUUCAUCACAGUCGUCUUUUUCCUACUGGUAUCCUCUCUUUAAAACCGCUUUUGGCAUUGAACAUUAUUUUUUCUUUUUAACCACUCCCUCACUUAGAAAGGCCUUUACAGCAUUACAUUUUCGAUCUAUGCCUUCGGCCUUUCUAGAUGGGAGAUAUGCGAGGGUCCCAGUUUAUUUAAGACAUUGUAUAUGUAAUUCAGGAGAAGUUGAGGAUAUUGUCCAUUAUUUAUGGAGAUGCCCAUUGAAUAAUGCACUUAGGCUCAAACUUUUUUCUCCAAUCCGUCACCUGCUGUCAAACAGACCACUGCUGGAGCAAACCUGCGUUCUUCUUGCGGGUAGUGAUAUUUUUGUAACCACGCAGGUAGCCACAGGGAAAGUGAGAGUUAGAUAUUUAAAACAAUUGCCGUCUACCUCCGAGGUGUCCUUAAAUUAGUAUUCUUAAUUUUAAAUCCUCCCCGGGGGUCUUAAUAUACUCAAAUGGGGUGUUAUUGUAUUUUUAUUAUGUUGUAAUGAGUUUAUGAAUCUUAUCCUUUCUUAUCUUAGGAUGCUGUACUUUUAUCGUUGGUAAUUUUAAUGUGCUUUCUUAAAAUUUCUUCUUCCUGUAUUGUAUUGUGAUGGCCUUUGGCUAAAAACAAUAAAGAUCAUGAACCACAUCAUUCAGCCAAGCGUACUGACCAGCAAAAAAAAAAAAAGCCACUCUGCAGCUCUCAAAGCAUAAUUGCUGGGAAAUGGUGAUUUUCAUUCCGGCCAAUGCAACUAUCACAAGUGCUUCCCCCUUUCCUGAUGAGGAUGGCAGUGGUGCUAAUGUCAAGGCAAGGGAACCUACUGGACAGCAUCCAUGUCAUCACCGCUAAGUGCAUCCUGAGUGCCAUUCCUUGCCUAUCUACGUCACUUUUGGCAGGCCACUGAUUUUUGUAAAUUGCUUUUCUGCCUUCUUUUUCUUUUGGAGGUGAACCAGAAGGAGUAAUGCCAGAUUUUUAUUUCAGAAGUUCUUGCGCCAGGGCAGAAUCUAGCCUGUGUUAGAAGCAGCAAAAGGGAUAGUUUAGGCUACCAUUUCAAGCUGGCUAUCUGCAAAAUGGUUUUCUUUAAGUUGAAUGAAUGUUAUGUAGCCAUGUCCACAAGGUGGCACCGAUACUCUAGUGACGAAGACUGAAUAUCAAAACUUCAAGUUCAAACAUGCAACAGAAAUAUGCAUUUAUAGGGCACUUCCAGACUGUCACUGUUUUUGGUGGGAUUUAAUCACAUGCCAGCAAAUUCAGGUUGUGCUUUUAAAGCUGAUUUGGCACUCUUGUGCAACGAAUCUGCUUCCCCAACAUUGGACUUGCAAUAACGAAAGUGACAGGAAAAUGCCCUGGAAAGUGUGAGGUGACAAUUGCUUGACCACCAACAUUGUACAACCUCCCCACACACAAAUCAGAAUGUACAUUCAAAUGGCAGGCCUCCCCACAAACUUUGU